AUGCCUCCCUCACAACUAAAAAGGCUGAAGGCAUCUUUACGGGAGCAAGGCCUUGUAGGCCCGCAACAGUCAAAAAAGCAACGAAAACAAAAUGCUCAAAAUGGAGGGAACAAGGAGAAGCGAGUGGGAAAGAAAGUGGCUCUGGACGGAAUUCGAGAGCAAUUCAAUCCUUUCGAAUUUAAGAUGUCUGGAAAAGCCCCAAAAUUUGAGGUUACCACGAACCAAAACAAGUCAACUGCGACCGUUCGACGACCGGGCGUAGCGAAAGGUCUCGCUGAGGAGAGGCUCACUAAGGCGUAUGAGGAAGAUAUGCGACGGCGUAAAAAGGUGGGAGGGAUCGUAGACAAGCGUUUUGGAGAGAAUGAUCCUUCAAUGGCACCAGAGGAGAAGAUGCUGGAACGUUUUACACUCGAGAAGCAACGACACCACAAGCACUCGGCAUUCGAUUUGGAGGAUGAUGAUAUGGGAGAAGGACUCACUCACAUGGGGAAAUCUUUGUCACUGGACGCCCCAGCGCUUGUUGAUGACUUCGAUGAGGCAGGUUUGGCUCUAUCAGACGCCGAAGACCAUCCGUCUGACGAGGAACGACAAGAACGCAAACGACGUCGGUCCCUCAAUGAUGGUGAGGAAGAUGAAGAGGAGCAGGACGAUCGGCCUGAGAGAAAGAAAUCUAAGCAGGAGGUUAUGACCGAGUUGAUUGCGAAAUCUAAACUCCACAAGUAUGAGCGGCAACAAGCGAAGGAUGAUGAUGAAGACCUCCGGGAGGAACUAGAUAAAGAAUUAUCAAAUAUUCAUGCUCUAUUACGCGGUAUCGGUCCAAAAUCGAAGUCAACACCGGCUAUGGAUACUUUAGGAAUGAACCCAGACCGAGCUGCGAUGUUAACUGGGGCCGACAAAAUCAAAUUUGACAAAGAGUAUGAUCUUAGAUUACGUCAAAUGGCCCAAGACAAGAGAUCUAAACCCACGGAGAGAACGAAAACAGAAGAUGAGAGGAUAGCAGAGGAGUCGAGAAAAUUGCAACAAUUGGAAGAAAAGCGGCAGCGGCGAAUGCAUGGCGAGCCCCAGAGUAGCGACGAAGAAGAUAUCAACGACAGAGCCACCGCCGUCAAUGAUGAUGAUAUGGACUACGAAGAUGAGGACGAGGAUGAGUUUGGUCUAGGGGCUGGUAUAAAAGUUCGCCCUUCUAAGAAGCGUCCAACCAUGGCAGAAUUAGGUGUCGAGGAUGAGGACGACUUUUUAAUUGACGAUGAUCUGGUUGCUAGUGGAUCAGAUGUCGAGGAGAUCGUAUCAGAAGAAGAUUCAGUUGACGAAUCAUUGGAAGCAGACGGCGACGACGACGGCGACCAGGAUGCAGAUUUUCUAGAGGGUCUCUUAACGGAAGAAGAAGCCAAGCGACCUGAAUUUCUCACGGGUGCAAAUGCUCCAAUCAAAGAAAUCGAAUUUCCCGAAAAAAACGGUGUCAAUGGAAACCUGGCAUACACUUUCAAGUGUCCAGAAUCGCAUGAACAGCUACUCGAGAUUACAAAAGGCAUCUCGUUGCUUGAUCUUCCAACAGUUGUACAACGUAUCAGAGCGCUAUACCAUCCCAAACUCAACAGCGACAACAAAAGCAAAUUAUGUAAUUUUGCUAUAUCUCUCAUCGAUCACAUCUCAUAUCUUGCAAAUCAAUCGAAAUUGCCACCCUUCUCAGUUCUGGAGACUCUAAUCCGGCACAUCCACUCAUUAGCAAAAAGCUAUCCCAAAGAAAUCGCCAACUCUUUCCGAAGCCAUUUGGAGCAAUUUAACGAAUCUCGAUCGCUAUCACCAACUCCUGGUGAUUUGAUAAUACUGACAGCCAUUGGAACCGUUUUCCCCACUUCCGAUCAUUUUCACCAAGUCGUUACUCCUGCCCUCCUGACUAUGGGUAGAUACCUCGCUUUGAAGAUUCCUCAGAAUCUUUUCGAUUAUGCUGUUGGAGCAUACAUGUGCACAUUGUGCCUGCAAUAUCAAAUAUUGUCGAAGCGAUACAUUCCGGAAGUGAUAAGUUUCAUCGAGAAUAGUCUUUGUACUCUGGCACCUUCUAGAAUGCUGAUUUUGCCCGGAAACUUUCCAUAUCACGAGCCUAAAACAUCUGUACGUAUAGCAGAAGUUUUGAAAUCAGGACGACAAUUAAGGUUCUCGGACUGCGUCGCUCAAGAGCGCUCCAAAGCGGAAGGGGAAUCACUCAAAGUAGCUCUCCUAGAUACAAAUCUUUCUCUACUUGGAGUCGCAUCCGAAACAUGGUCUGGAAAGGCUUCUUUCACCGAGAUUUUCGAACCGAGCUUGAAGAUACUCAAGCAUCUGGGAAACAAGACUUGCCGGCCCUUGUUACCGUCUAAUACUCAGAAGUCUCUCACAUCAUUGACUAAAAAAAUCACCACUGCUCUUUCCAACUCCGUUCUCAAUCAACGCCCCUUGGAACUGCAUCACCAUAGGCCACUCGCCAUCAAAACAUCCAUACCCAAAUUUGAAGAGACAUUCAACCCUGAUAAGCACUACGAUGCCGAUCGCGACCGUGCGGAAGCUGCCAAACUCCGCAAGGAAUAUAAACAGGAGAAGAAGGGUGCCAUGCGAGAGCUUCGUAAAGAUGCGGCUGUGGUUGCAAGGGAAAGCCUGCGGGAGAAGAGAGAAAGGGAUGCUGCCUAUGAGAAAAAGUAUAAGAGACUCAUCGCUGAGAUUCAGGGUGAGGAAGGACGAGAGCAGAAUACGUAUGCGAGGGAGAAGGAGUGGAGGAAGAAGGGGAAGAAAUAA